GAAGAAGAAAUGGAUGAUUAUACAAGAGAAAUGAUGGACCUCAAAACCCUCGUCACUCGAACCCUAGAGAAGAAAGGCGUCCUCGCCAAGAUCAGAGCUGAGCUUAGAGCAAGCGUUUUUGAGGCAAUAGAAGAGGAGGAUAGGACCAUUGAAAAGGACGAAGGCUUGCCUCCUGCACUAUUGGGUAGCUGCAAUGAGCGUGCGAAGCAACUCCAUAAUUCCCCUUCAGGAAGGCUGCUAACGGCACUGAUAUGUGAAUAUUUUGACUGGGCUCAGUUAAACCACUCACUUAAAGUUUAUUUACCAGAGUGUAAUUUGCAAAAGGAUUCUUGGAAAUCAGAGCUAAAAGAAUUUAGCAGCAAAAAUGGAUACGAUCUUAACAGGAAUGGGGAUAGUGGCCCAUUGCUUUUGGAUGUUCUCGAAGGAUUCUUGAAGUAUGAGAACUUAUCUCAAGGAAGGGGUGCUGGGAGGAGAUUGACAACACCAGAUGCUGUUUCUCUUCCCACUUUAGAAACAAGGAACAUGAGGAGGCCUUCUUCAUCUUCAGUUGCCGGGGGCUUACCUCCAUUGGGAAGGCCAGGUCCUGCAGCCCAGUCAUCUGAUAGAAGAGGAGGUUCGUCGGUAUCUGGAUACAGGAAGGAUGAAUACAACUGGAGAUAUGACAAUGAUGAACUUGCAGAAGAUGUAAGUCGUGCUUCAUCUGCCUUAGAAAACCUUCAGCUGGACAGAAAAGCUCGGAAUCUUACCACUUCCUGGCGGCAUGGAGGGGAUGGCAUGUCCGAGGAAGAUGACAGGGGAGAGUAGGUGUAGCUAAAUGGUCUCCAAAUUACUAAUGUGGAAAUUGAUAUAAUCUUAAACCAUUGUAAUGCUAUGUUGUGUAUUGGCCUGUGAUAUUGCGUAUGAUUGAAAUACUGUAUAUUGCUUAUAGUAUAUUGGUAUGAGC